UCCACCAACCUUAGCAUCCAAAACAUUCCGAUAUUCCGAUAUUCCCACACCAAUCUCCGGACAUCUAGCAUACUAAAGAUGGACAAGUUCCAAGCAUUCGGGAAGAAUUUCUCGGCGGCGGUGAUGCCGCAGUUUAACAGGACAUCGCAAUAUGUGAGGGAACAACUCGGCCAGGUGGACGAUAAGACUGAGCUCCCCCCGGACUACAUCGAGUUGGAGAAGCGCGUCGAUGCGCUUAAGCAAGUCCAUCAGCAGAUGCUGCAGGUCACAUCUCAAUACUCCCACGAAGCCUACGACUACCCUGCCAAUCUCCGCGAGUCCUUCAACGACCUGGGCCGCACCGUCUCCGAGAAGGUCAACCUCCUCUCCCAAGCCCACUCCGCCACCGAAGCCGCCGCCGCCAUGACCGCCCCGCCCCAAGCGAAGCCCCAGCCCAAGACCUUCUCGCACGCCAUCGCCCGCGCCUCCAUCUCCAGCUCCCAGUCUCUCCGCCAGGCCGACGGCGCCGGCUCCGGCACCCAAGACCCCCUAGCCUCGGCACUCGAGAAGUACGCGAUCGCGUCCGAGAAAGUCGGCGAGGCGCGGUUGACGCAGGACGCCGCGAUCCAGGCGCGGUUCCUCGCCGGCUGGAGCACGACGCUCAACACGUCGCUGAACUUCGCGACGCGCGCGCGGAAGCAGGUCGAGAAUUCGCGCUUGAGCCUCGAUGCGACGAAGGCGAAGGUGAAGAGCGGACCGUUUGGGAUAGGAGGACCGAAGAAGGAGGCCGCGUUGGAUGAUGAGCCGCUGUCGGAGGAGGCGAGGGCCCAGAUCGAGGCUGCAGAGGAUGAGUUUGUGGGACAGACGGAGGAGGCGGUGGGGGUUAUGAAGAAUGUCCUUGAUACCCCGGAGCCUCUGCGGAAUCUUGCUGACCUGAUUGCGGCUCAAAUUGAAUAUCACAAGAAGGCGUAUGAGAUCCUUUCUGAACUCGGCCCGCUUGUUGACCAGCUCCAAGUUGAACAGGAGGCGAGCUACAGGCAGAGUCGUGAAGGUGCAUAGAUGCCAGUGAUGUACUAUCUUGGUGGGAAUACUACCAUCGUAAGUGUCCUGGCUCAAUACCAGCGCAAUGGGCAACUAUCAACCGCAAGGCAAACCUCGACAUUCACCGAGGCUGCCUGCAGAUUUUCAUAGGUUCUGGCGUUUAUUGAAAGUUUGUCAACCCGCUCUCGGAGGCGUCUGCCAGAGUGGGCGACCGGAUUGGAUCUUUGUUGUCAGUAAUUAGGCGGAUUUUCCUUGCAAGAGCCAAGCCAAUUAUCAAAUGUUACCGGGAAUAUUUUCUGCA